GUGUUGUGGACUCGUGGUGCUGGCUGCCGCUGUCGAGGCUGCCUGGAACGGGCUGUGGGGAGCGGGCGGAGCUGGCCCUGCUUCUGCCUGGCCAGCGCCGCAGGCGGCGCGGGCCGUGUCCGCUGCCGUCAACUUCCCGGAGCGCCUGCUGAGGCCGAGGGAGACGCCGGGGCCUGCACCUGGAGAGAGCCUGCCGUGCUGGCCCGGAGGAGGGGGCGUUGCCAUGGCGACAGCCUCUCCGGCAGCUGACGGGGGGCGGGGGCGGCCUUGGGAAGGAGGGCUGGUCUCCUGGCCCCCUGCCCCUCCCCUUACGCUCCCCUGGACCUGGAUGGGCCCGAGCUGGGGGCAACACCCUGGGCAUUGGGGCUUUCCAGCUCUCACAGACCCAUCAGCAUCUCCAGCUGCCAGUCUUGGCAUCUUCGAAGUAAGGAGAGUUUUAGAUGCCUCUGGAUGUUCAAUGCUAGCACCUUUACAGACUGGAGCAGCUCGAUUUUCUUCAUAUUUACUUUCAAGAGCAAGAAAAGUGCUGGGCUCCCACUUAUUUUCUCCCUGUGGUGUUCCGGAGUUCUGUUCCAUAUCCACCAGAAAGCUGGCGGCCCACGGCUUUGGCGCGUCAAUGGCGGCAAUGGUGCCCUUCCCUCCCCAGAGGUAUCACUACUUUUUAGUGCUGGACUUUGAGGCCACAUGCGACAAGCCACAGAUUCAUCCUCAGGAAAUCAUUGAGUUCCCCAUCCUGAAGUUAAAUGGCCGGACCAUGGAAAUUGAGUCUACCUUUCACAUGUAUGUCCAGCCUGUAGUCCACCCACAGCUUACCCCCUUCUGUACAGAGCUCACUGGGAUCAUUCAAGCCAUGGUGGAUGGCCAGCCAAGCCUGCAGCAAGUGCUGGAGAGGGUCGAUGAGUGGAUGGCGAAGGAAGGCCUCUUAGAUCCCAACGUCAAGUCAAUCUUUGUCACCUGUGGAGACUGGGACUUGAAAGUCAUGCUUCCAGGCCAGUGCCAUUAUUUAGGCUUGCCAGUGGCGGAUUACUUCAAGCAGUGGAUUAAUCUAAAAAAGGCUUACAGCUUCGCCAUGGGCUGCUGGCCCAAGAAUGGACUACUAGACAUGAACAAGGGCCUCAGCCUGCAACACAUAGGCCGGCCCCACAGCGGCAUUGAUGAUUGCAAGAACAUUGCCAACAUCAUGAAGACAUUGGCAUACCGAGGCUUCAUCUUCAAGCAGACAUCAAAGCCCUUCUGAUUGGCAGAGGACAGGAUGGGGCAGGACAGGGUAGCUGCUUGGCCCAAACCAGAAUCAUCCUCUCCCUCACCAGAGGGAAAAGGGAGAGUGGCACAGCUCUGCGCCCAGAGUGUCCCCCAGCUGCCCUACAGGCUUGUGCCCUGUGUGAGGGCUUGGCCACUUGGCCCCUCUGGAGCAGACACUUUGUGCCCCACCCCACUCCCAUUCCUCAGUCUCAGCCCAGUAUUAGCCCCUGCCAUUAUGGGCCUGGGCUAGGGGGAACCCAGGUACUCACUGCCUUCUCCCUGGUACACAGGCUUCUGCUGGGGCCACCAAGCCCUCCCUGUGCCCCUCCCAUCCAUAGUGCAUGGUGUGUGGUGCCCCCAGGGCUCCAGGACAGAUCAGGCCCCACCUUGUGUCCACCCCCCACCCCCAAAAUCCCUGCUGUGAACGUGCCACUUGAAUAAAGUCGGGGAAACAAGGUCCUAGUGUGCAAUGAA